CUCACGCACGUACGUAACCUCUACACUCUGACCUUUCACACCAUGACAUCACGAGCGUUCCGUUUCUAUGGUUACGGUUCCAUUCUUGUUUUCUUGAAGCACUGUGUAUUUUUUACAGACAUUGACGCUACAUGAGAGGAUAAAUAUGAGGACUACCAACUGGGGCGAUGAGGUUGAGACAAUAACCGUGAGAAGAACGGAGUCGUCCGAUGCUCGCGAAAUCAAUGAGCUCAUAGCACCUGUAACCGAAGCGGUGUUUGGAAGAGUGAAUGUCAUUUACCUGUUGGAGAGGGCUAAUCUUGCAGUGACUGUGACCAAUUCCACAAAUCAAGUUCUUGCCCAUGCUGCUUUCCUUGACCACCCCAAUGGUGACGUGGUUGAUCCCGCUGACUGGGAACCGUGGUUGCACAAUCACUUCAAUUCUGACAAAUGCACUCCCCUGAACACACUCUUCUUGCACCUAUUUGUGGCUCAGCCAGACUUCUCUCUUGGUAGCGCUAAAGAGAUUAUAAGAACAGCCUUCAAUGCCAUCACUGAGCUGCACUACGUCUUUCUAGUUAUUGCAAACAGCGUUUGCCUGGAGCCAGCAUUGCUGGAGGUCUUCGAGCCUCUGAAGUGCCUCCAGGAUUCUCAGUGUCAGUGGUCAGCGUUUGUGUGCCACAGACACAACUACUGCCCAGUACUGCACGUCCGAAGAGCCAGGGUGGAAGACCAUGAUGACCUCACGCAUAUAUUAACAGAGCAGACCAAGGUGUGCUGUGUGUCCUAUGGCCCUUACUUCCUGGCUGAGCUGAUUGAAGCUCAGAAUGAUGACCUCCACGCUGCUGUUUGUGAGAAUGAAGGCGCAGCAGUGGGGUUCAUGAGCCUGAGCGGCGAUGUCAAUUUGAAGCUGUUGAACGAGUGCUUUGAGCUCGGGCCUUUCAAUGGCCUCUACAAGACGAGCCCGGCCCUCCCGUCCAAGCCUGCGCCCGAGACCGAAGAAUCAGAGGCUCCUGAAGAGUCAUGUGACGGUCCUGAGGAACCAGAGGGCCCCGGAGAACCGGAGCAGAGCGGCCUGAACGCUUUCUGCAUCCAGCUGUUUUUUAUAGACAAGAAGUAUGACAUGAGAUCUGUGGACUUCCUGCCUCACAUCUUCAAACUUUUUCCGGACCGGGACUUCUGCGUGGUCUUAGUGCCCAAGCUGGGCCCGGAGUUCCCCCUCCUGCAGUCCUUCCUCCGUGUGGUCCCCCAGAGCAACAGCACCCUGCCCAACGAGCUCUACAUCUACCACCGCUCCGGCCUGCUGAAGAACUUUGAGGUAAGGGUGGCUGUUUCCAGUGACCAGCCAGCUGUGGAGGCGCUGGUAAAGGAGCUCAGCUUGCACGAGUCCAUGCUGGAGGAUCUGGAAUUAUUCUACCAGGCCCGAAAGGACAAGGAUUGGAUUCCUAUGCAGGCAUUUGUGGCCCAGGUCAUGGAACAGGUUGUAGGGAUUGCGAUGAUCAAAAAUGAGGAGGACAUUGAUUACAUUCGGGCUCAUUACAACAUCGAGAGCUUCAUCUACUUCAGCCACCACCGGCCCGAGGAGCACGGGCAGCUGUGCCAGUUUGCCCUCAACCCCGUCUUCCACCACUACGCCAAGCACUUCCUGAAGGAGGCGCUGCGCCUGGGCCACAAGUCCUGCCUCUACUACCCCGUCUACCCCUCCUACCACACGCAGAAGAAUGCCUGUGCCCACUCUCUCACCUCCGCGCUCAGCUGCAUGGUGCCCGUGUGCCCGCGGCGGCAGAUCGUCUACCCGCUGGAGGAGCUGGGCCUCAACGCGCCCUCCAUGCGGGUCACCGCGCAGCAGAUACCUUACGCUCUCAACCACAUCAACAGAAAGCUGACCAUGGAACCAAAGGUCACGGUCAACGUCAGAAUCGUGGUUGUGGGAGCCUCGGACACGGGCAUAUCGUUUCUGCAGAUGCUUGCUUUCUGCCCUCAUCUGAGGUUCAACAACCUGACGCUGAUUUCCCCUCAUGGACUUCCUGGCUCGGCCGACAGCGAGGAGAUCAGUUUCCUGGCUACAAGCCACGGCUACAGCGACCGAGACCACGCCCAGCUCUCGCUGCGCUCCUGGGUCAACGUCAUAGCCGGCAAGAUGACGGGCAUCAACAGGGCCGACAAGCACGUGCUGGUGUCCGGAAACAGGAAGGUGCCCUACGACCAUCUGAUCCUCUGCACCGGGCAGCAGUACCAGCCGCUGAUCCUCGCGGACGAGCAGCCGUCGUCGCCGCGGCGGCGGCCCGAGCGGAGGUCCGCCGGCCCCGCCCCCUCCAACCACUUCACCCUGAACGACGAGCGCGGCUGCCGCAGGGCCCGCCGCUGGCUGCUGGAGAACUUCGUCGGCGGGGAGGGUGACGCCGUCGUCUACGGUGACACCGUGGACGCGUACACCUGCGUGGCCAAUCUGCUGGACCUGGGCGUCGCGGGCUCGCGGAUCCGGCUGGUUCACCCGCCGGCGGACCCCGCCGCCCCGCCCCGCUUGGGCGGCCCCGAGGCGGAGAGGGCCGCGCGCGAGGCCCUGAGGCGGAGCGAGGUCCGCGUGCACCCCGACUGCCUCCUCCUCGCCUGGACCCCCGGCGGGGAGGCCCCCGAGCCCCUCUCCUCCGUCACCUUCACCCGCGACGGCGGGCCCGUCACCCUGUCGUGCUCAGUCUUCUUCAACUUUUACAUGAAAGGCGUGGACCGCGACGCCUUCGCGGCCGUCAACGACGCCUGCCUGGUGUACGACGGCGGGCUGGUCAUCGACACCGCCUUCCACACCAACGACUCGGCCAUCCGCGCCGCCGGGCCGCUCACCAAGUUCGCCCGCUCGUACCACGCCGACGGGCGGGGCCACGAGCGCUUCUGCUCCCGGGAGGUCGGCGUGGAGCUGGCCGCCGUGCUGCUGCCCCUGUUCGACCCCACGCUGGAGGCGGAGGAAGAGGAGGAGGACCUCGACCCGAGCGCGGAUCGGCUCGUCCCCAUCUACUCCCAGGCGAAGAUACAAGGUGGGAGGUUGCCAGGCGGAUACAACUAUCUCCAUGCCGCAAAACCUGCCAUAAAUCCCUCCGUGACAUCAUCCACGGGUAGAGAGAUUGUGACCGGGAAGAUCGAGGAAGGCAACUACUUCCGGCUGUUUCUGAAUCAGUACGGCCUCGUGGAAUCCAUAACCUGCCUCUCCACGGAGCCCAUCCCGGUCUCCAACUACCUGUGCCUGUACGGGAGGCACGAGCUGCUCUUGAACCGACUGUGUGCCCGCUUUGACCAGGGACUCGUCCCUGACCUUUACAGCUAUUUUAAGGAGAGGUGGUGCUUGGCUAUAUAUCAUGAUCGCUUUGUGGAUUUUGAAGAGGAAGUGCGCCAGAUUAUGGAGUCUGCCAAAAUACAGGGUGAAGACAACUUGCUGUCGAUUCCCGAGGUCAUCCAGAAGAUGGUGGAAGGAGAGCUGGUAGUUUCAGAGGAUCCGAAUCAGUAUCUGGAGAAGGUAUUCACGAAAAGUGAUGGAUUGACCCCCCUGAAGAGAGGUGUGCUUAACUACCUGAAGUACAAUCGCUACCACCUGACCAUGUACGCGCAACCACAGUUUAUAUAGCAGCACCAAGUCUAUGUGUAUAUUUACAUUUUUCCAGAGGUAUCUGAGAUGCUCACGUCUCCUUUAUGAACAUGCCGUGCACAUGUUUUUGCCUUUUUCAAAAUUCCAUUGCAUAUUACUUAUUUUAUUGCUAAAUGCUAGAAUUUUUCAUCUUAGUACAUAAUUUAUAAUCAAUAUAAAAGAUGUGCAUAUUAAAUGUAUCCAACAACAAUGUUAACAUAUGGCACCCAUUCAUAUUUAAAUAAAUAAAAUCGUAGUUCCCCAAAUCUGUAAAAAAAAAAAUUAAAGAACACUGUUACCUGUAUUUUAUCAACAA